ACAGUUCAUUUAUUUUUUCAUAGGAAAAGUGUAUUGUGCGCAGAAUUAUAGUUCAAUAUUACUAAUACUGGUUUGCAGAUAUCACCAAGCGUUUAUGAGAUCGUAUAAAUUGGUUUCAGACUUACAUUGAUUUUAAUUAUUCGCCGAAAAAUGAAAAGCACUAACGUACUUUUAACAUUUAUCGCAAUACUGAAAAGCAUCCAAGCACUUACUUGCAGUAGUAAUAUUGAUUGCAACAAUUAUCCAAAUAAAAUCUGCUUAAAUGGAGAAUGCAUUUGUAAAAAAAAAAAACUAUUUUUUACAAGAUAACAAAUGCACGGCACUUCUUAACAGUCAUUAUGUGCGUCAUACUGAGUGUGAAGUUAAACAUUCAAUAUAUUUACCUAAAGCUAAAAAAUGCAGAUGCGGUUACGGCUACUACUCAUCAAAUGACAAAAAAAUUUGCAAGAGAUUCGCUCGAUAUUUGAAUGAUACUUGCGUCGAAACAUGGAUGUCAAUUUCUCAAAUUUUCUCAGUGUUCUAAAGAUAAAAAAUGUGUCUGUAAAGAGCAUUAUAUAGAGAAAUUCGGUAAAUGCCAAUUCUCUGUUGGUGGAACUUGUAAGAAUGUUUUCGAUUGCGGGUUUAAUAACUCUGUAUGUCAAUCAGGGAAAUGUCAAUGUACUGAUGAGUUCAUCUUUUCAAAUGAGUUACGUACUUGCAUCAAAUUAGUUGUUCUAAAUAAUACCGAGAGUUCUUCUACGGAAUCAGUUAAUGGAACAUCAGAAGAAACACAUUCUGAAAACUAUGGAAAUAAUAGAAAUGCUCAAUCUACACCUUGCUCGGGAAAUAGUUGCAAUGAUUCCGAAAAUGUUACUACUUCCUCUUUUCCUUCAAAUACCAUUGAACUCAAUACUGAAUUAGAGCCACCCUGCAAAAACGAUGAGGAGUGUAAGGUUCUCGAGCCUCCAAAUUGUACCCCAGAAACGUGUAUUGAUUACAUUGGCUCUCUUUGUGUUACCGACAAGGAUUGUGGAAUCGAAAAUUCACAUUGUAACUGAAGUUCUUGUCAGUGCAAGGAUAACCAUGUUUACUCGCCUUCUCUUAAAAUAU